AUGGUCCGAUAUUCGAACGAGGAAUGGAUUAGGUCUGAGCAGGAGCAGCAGGAGAGACAAGAACUAAUCGAAAAGUGGUCUACCGAAAAAAGUGAAGAGGACGAUGUCUCUUUGCUAAAUGAUGACAACGUUGCCGAUGAGUUGUUUGCUGAAGAUGACGAUGAAGCAGAUCCAUUUCUACCCCAGAUUCCGUCAUAUUGGGAUUCCGAUUACGAUAGAGAAUUUCUUCUGGGAAAAGAUGGAGAGACCAUCUGGUUGAAGACCCCUAUGGGGAAGACUAGUAGAACUCCAGCAAGAAACAUCAUUACUCAUCUCACAUGUGCAAAAGGGGAAGCUCGAAUAUGUAACACUGCGCUGUAUUUUUCAAACUAUUUUUUAGUGAAGACCUCGUUCAGACUAUGGUGCUCCACACUAAUGAAGAAAUCAGCAGAAGAGUGGCAAAUUACCCGAGUUCAGAGAGAUUCACUGGACCCACUGAUACCAUAG